CUGAGUCUCCGUAGUUUAAUUGUUAUUUAAUGAUUGAUCAGAGGUUGUACUCAAACACUGAGACCAGCCAGUACUGAUGGAACUGUGUGGCAGUUGACGAGCACAUGCAGUAUUUAGGCAGUUUUGAAGUCUGUUCCAGCUUUAACUUUCUACUGGGCCCUCUUUUGUCUCCUUUGUGCGUGUCAUUAUGUCCUAGUCAGAUUGUAUAGCAAGGUGGACAGACUGGGUGGCCUGGCGAACUUACGUAGCCUCUGUCUGCCUGUCUCAUCUUCAUUUACCCUGGUAUGUUUCUUGCUAUACCACCAAUGUGCUAACCCUUACCAGGGCCAUAGCCAUAAACUUGUAGAGCUGGGCACUUUCCUUAUUAAUUUCUUUCAGUUUGCUUUCUUUGUUGACAAUAUCACUAAUGGGUUUUUUGGCCUCCACUCCAAAUCAAAUCAGCCCCCUCUAUUGUCAGCCCCUUUCAGAAGUGAAGCUGCUAGUUUUCAUGACCAGCCUUACCCUGGUAGGAGUACUGUAUUGACUGAGCUAUAAAGGAGUGGGAGCAGCCCCAGGCAAGAACAUCUCUGACUCCCAGUGUUCUUAGGCAGAGUUCAGUGAUUUCCUCACAAAUAUAUGUUUCUCAGUUUGAUAUUUAUGAUUUCUUGAUUUCCAGAGCCAUGAAAUCAUUGUUUUUGAUAAUUUUGUCCAGUUUCAUAGUUGUUUCUUGGGGAAAUUUCCUGACUGACUUCUCCAUCAACAAAAGUCCUGCCUCAAAUGGCGACUGUUAAAAUGGCAAGUUCACUUGCUGAGGUUCUACUUAACAAGGAUCCAUUCUAUAGUCUUUGUACCAUUUUGGUACAGAUUUGGGGUCUCUGGUAAUCACAACAAUCUGUUCACCAUGCUACCCAGUCAGCCCACUUUGCUAUACAAUCUGUCAUCUUAGUCCUGUUUGAGUAAUCUUACAUUUCAAAAAUAAUUGCCAGUAACUUUUUGGGUAUUAUUUUCUUUUGAAUACCACAUGGAUGGCAUCUGACACUGUUUAUAAUGCUGAAUUUAAUGGAAGUUUACAAAUAAGUUAUUCUAUGAUUCUCCUUUAAAAAUGCAGAUAUGCAUAUAUGUAUAUAGUAGUAUAUCUUGUCUCUUCUAUAACACAGAAUAUUUAAAUGGUUAACAUUUGUGCUGCAGUAUAGCUUUCUGGCUCAUGAAAAAUGAAAGCUAUCAGCGAUCUGGGCAAUAAGAUUCAUCGCCAAUAGUCACUAGCAACAGCACACAGCAUUUUAAUAUCAGUGAGGUCCACAGCUAGCAGUAAGAGCUGGUGUAAUUGAAAGACGUUUAGGUGCAAUCGUUCUGCUGUUUGUUCCUUGCCAGGUUCAACAUGGGAUUAUCACGCAAGUCAUCAGAUGCAUCUGCUUGCUCCUCUUCAGAAAUAUCUGUGAAAGAGUUUCUAGCCAAAGCCAAAGAAGACUUUUUGAAAAAAUGGGAGAAUCCAACUCCGAAUAAUGCUGGACUUGAAGAUUUUGAAAGGAAAAAAACCCUUGGAACAGGUUCAUUUGGAAGAGUCAUGUUGGUAAAACACAAAGCCACUGAACAGUAUUAUGCCAUGAAGAUCUUAGAUAAGCAGAAGGUCGUUAAACUGAAGCAAAUAGAGCAUACUUUGAAUGAGAAAAGAAUAUUACAGGCAGUGAAUUUUCCUUUCCUUGUUCGACUGGAGUAUGCUUUUAAGGAUAAUUCUAAUUUAUACAUGGUUAUGGAAUAUGUCCCUGGGGGUGAAAUGUUUUCACAUCUAAGAAGAAUUGGAAGGUUCAGUGAACCCCAUGCACGGUUCUAUGCAGCUCAGAUAGUACUAACAUUCGAGUACCUCCAUUCACUAGACCUCAUCUACAGAGAUCUAAAACCUGAAAAUCUCUUAAUUGACCAUCAAGGCUAUAUCCAGGUCACAGACUUUGGGUUUGCCAAAAGAGUUAAAGGCAGAACUUGGACAUUAUGUGGAACUCCAGAAUAUUUGGCUCCAGAAAUAAUUCUCAGCAAGGGCUACAAUAAGGCAGUGGAUUGGUGGGCAUUAGGAGUGCUAAUCUAUGAAAUGGCAGCUGGCUAUCCCCCAUUCUUUGCAGACCAACCAAUUCAGAUUUAUGAAAAGAUUGUUUCUGGAAAGGUCCGAUUCCCAUCCCACUUCAGCUCAGAUCUCAAGGACCUUCUACGGAACCUGCUGCAGGUGGAUUUGACCAAGAGAUUUGGAAAUCUAAAGAACGGUGUCAGUGAUAUAAAAACUCACAAGUGGUUUGCCACGACAGAUUGGAUUGCUAUUUACCAGAGGAAGGUUGAAGCUCCAUUCAUACCAAAGUUUAGAGGCUCUGGAGAUACCAGCAACUUUGAUGACUAUGAAGAAGAAGAUAUCCGUGUCUCUAUAACAGAAAAAUGUGGAAGAGAAUUUGAUGAAUUUUAAAGAGGAACAAGAUGACAUCCGAGCUCACACUCAGUGUUUGCACUCUGUUGAGAGAUAAGGUAGAGCUGAGACCGUCCUUGCUGAAGCAGUUACCUAGUUCCUUCAUUCCAACUGAGUGAGGUCUUUAUUGCCAUCAUCCCGUGUGUGCACUCUGCAUCCACCUAUGUAACAAGGCACCGCUAAGCAAGCAUUGUCUGUGCCAUAACACAGUACUAGACCACUUUCUUACUUCUCUUUGGGUUGUCUUUCUCCUCUCCUACAUCCAUUUCUUCCUUUUCCAGUUUCAUUGUUUUCUCUAAACAGUGCUCCAUUUUAUUUUGUUGGUGUUUCAGAUGGGCAGUGUUAUGGCUAUGUGAUAUUUGAAGGGAAGGAUAAGUGUUGCUUUUUGCCAAUAUUGUUGUUGGUCAAUGGCUUGAAGAUAAACUUUCUAAUAAUUAUUUUUACUUUGGGUAGCUCAGACUCGGUUUUGCCAAAACUCUUGAUAAUUUUUGAAGACUGUCUUAUCACCAAGGAAAUUUAUACAAAUUAAGACUAGCUUUCUUGGAAUUCACUAUUCUGGCAAUAAAUUUUGGCAGACUAGUACGUACAGCUAGACCCAGAAAUUUGGAUUGCUAUAAAUCAAAGGUUCUAGUUCCCUUUCCCUCCUUUUAUAUCCUCCUCCCCUUGAGUAAUGAAGUGACCAGCCUUUGUAGUGUGACAAAUGUGUCUCAUUCAGCAGGAAAAACUAAUGAUAUGGAUCAUCACUCAGAUUCACUCACUUGGUACCAGCAUUUUUGUAGGUAUUAGAGAAGAGUUUAAGUUUUCUAAACCUUAACUGUUCCUUAAGGAUUUUAGCCAGUAUUUUAAUAGAACAUGAUUAAUGAAAGUUUUAAAGUUUCUUUAAUAGUUCUCAUCAUAAACUUUUUAAAGGAAAAUAAGCAAACUAAAAAGAACAUUGGUUUGGAUAAAUACUUAUACUUUUCAAAGUCAAAAAAAGGCUUGAUUGCUGAAACAAUAUAGAGGUACUUAUAUUUAAAUAAGGGUUAACUGUUUUGUUUUGUAACCAUUAAAAAUGAAAGAAGUUGUUUCCAGCUAAUGAUUCUGGUGUACUAUAUUUGUGAGCCUAGGGUAGGGGCACUGCUGCAACUUCUGCUUUCAUCCCGUGCCUCAUCAAUGAGGAAAGGGAACAAAGUGUAUCAAACUGCCACAAUUGCAUUUUCAUUUUGAGGUAUGAUAUUUUCAGAUAGUUCAUCAUUUAUAACCUCUUUUCUCUCAGUAAACAGAAUGUCUAAACGAUCGUACAGAUACAAUUUUAGUAUUUGAGAGGUUAGUUUUUUUCCUACACCUUUUUUGCCAACUGACUCAACAACAUUGCUGUCAGGUGGAAAUUUCAAGCACUUUUGCACAUUUAUUUCAGUGUUUGUUGAGAAUCCGUGGCUUAACUCAGUUGUUUUGCUUUUUCUUUGCUUUUAAUUUUCCCCAUCUGAUUUUAUCUCUGUUUUAGUGACCUACAUUAAAACUACACACAAGAAGAGUUAAACUAGGUUCGUUUUUAUGAUCAAUUUACAUGCAUAUAAAGUGAGUUGUUUUAAAUCAAACUGAUCUUAAUGUAUAUAACCAUUCUAUUUGCUGUAUUAUCGGUGCAGGUAGGUCACUCACAUCACUUCUUUUCAUCCGUACCACACCCUUGUAAAAUCUUUGAAGACUUAAAAAAAAUCCUGUCUGAGAUGUUCUUCUACCAAUCUAUAUGUCUUUCAGUUAUCAAGUGUUUCUGCAUGGUAAUGUCACGUAAAGGCCAAUAUUGAUUUCACUGGUCCAUCUAUAUUUAAAAUGUGCAAUUUAAAAUACUCUGCUCUAGCAAGUUUUAUGUAACAAAAGCAUAUCGUCAUGUUAAUAAAUUUAAAACAUCAUUUGUAUAAAAUAUUUUAAUUUUCUUGUAUUUCAUUUAGACCCAAAACAUGCUGACCAAUGUAUUCUAUAUGUAAACUACAAAUUCUAUGGUAGCUUUGUUGUAUAUUAUUGUAAAAUUAUUUUAAUAAGUCAUGGGGAUAACAAUUUGAUUAUUACAAUUUAGUUUUCAGUAAUCAAAAAGAUUUCUAUGAAUUCUAAAAAAUAUUUUUUUCUAUGAAAUUACUAGUGCCCAAUGAUAGAAUCUACCUUAGGUAGAUGACCCCUAGACAUACAUUGCUUUUGAGGGCUAUUCAGCCAUUCCAUUUUAAGGCCACUCUAUUUAAAGGCCAUGAGCGAGCAAGCUUGUCAUGAGCAAAUAAGUCAAGGGAGUCCAUUUCUGACCAAUCAAGUACACUAAAUUAGAAUAUUUUUAAAGUAUGUAAAAUUCCCAAUUUCAGCCACAAUUUAGCCAAGAACAGGUUAAAAACUUGAAUACGAAAUAAAUAGCAUAAAUUAGUAUUUAACCUCAAAUUACAUUAUUUAAAACAGAAGAUAUUAUAUUACGCUCCGUAAAUAAUUAAGAGAUGGCAUUGCAUAAGAAGGAACCCUAGACUGAAAGUCAAGACAUCUGAGUUUCAGGCUGGAAAACAGUAUGAUCUCAGCCUCAGUUCUCUUAUCUGUAAAAUGGAAGAAUUGGAUUAGGCAGUUUGUAAGAUUCCUCCUAACUUUCACAGUGGUUGACAAGAUUGCGUUUUUAUCUGGUAUUUUGAAAGGAUAUAUUGCUUUGAAGCAAGUGUCAGUAAGGUGAUAUAUUUUAGGGCAUCUUUCUUCCUAUCUCUGACAGUAUUCUUAAAAUACUUUGAAUAUCCUAAGAACCUUAGUGUCUGUCCUAAUUCCUUUCUCAUUCACUGAUGCUGAAUACCCAGUUGCAUCAAACUGUCAACCUACCAAAAAAGAUACUGUGGCUUAUGGGUAUUGCUGUCUCAUUCUUGGUAUAUUCUUGUAUUGACUGCCCAUUGGCCUGAAAAUACUCAUUGUAAGCCUGAAAAAAAAAAUUCUUUCCCACUGUUUUUUCUGCUUGUUGUAAGAAUCAAAUGAAAUAAUGUAUGUGAAAGCACCUUGUAAACUGUAACCUAUCAAUGUAAAAUGUUAAGGUGUGUUGUUAUUUCAUUAAUUACUUCAUUGUUUAGAAUGGAAUUUCCUAUGCGCUACUGUAGCUAGGAAAUGCUGAAAACAACUGUGUUUUUUAAUUAAUCAAUAACUGCAAAAUUAAAGUCUCUUCAAUGGAUAAGACAA